AUGUCUACCUUGGCUACUUCACACUUUGUACCAAGAAGCUCACAUGUAUCCAGUGGAGCAACUUUGAGAUCAGAAAAUAAAACAAACUUGGCACAAAUAGGCCUAAGGAGCCAAACGGCAACUCACAAUGGCUUGAGAUCUUUAACAACUGUGGACAUCCUACAACAGAAAGCCAAUGGAAAAGUAACUGCCAGGCAAACCAGCAGAAAAGAGGCCAAAAUUGGGAGUGACAAGCCUUCGGGAGCCAUUAUUUGUGCAAGCGGGAUGAACUUGGUUUUUGUGGGAGUUGAGGUGGGCCCAUGGAGCAAAACUGGUGGGCUAGGUGAUGUUCUUGGUGGACUGCCACCUGCCAUGGCGGCCAAUGGGCAUCGAGUUAUGACAGUAUCUCCACGCCAUGAUCAGUACAGAGAUGCUUGGGACACUAGUGUGCUCGUUGAGAUAAGAGUUGGAGACAGAAUCGAGACCGUUCGCUUCUUCCACUGCUAUAAACGUGGAGUUGAUCGUGUUUUUGUGGAUCAUCCAGUGUUCCUGGAGAAGGUUUGGGGAAAAACGGGAUCAAAGAUCUAUGGCCCUAAGGCAGGAGAUGAUUAUCAGGACAACCAACUUCGAUUUAGCUUGUUGUGCCUAGCAGCUCUGGAGGCACCAAGAGUUUUGAAUUUAAACAGCAGUAAACAUUUCUCUGGACCAUAUGGUGAGGAUGUCAUCUUCAUCGCCAAUGAUUGGCACACUGCUCUCAUUCCAUGCUACCUGAAAACUAUGUACCAAUCCAGGGGAAUCUACAAUACUGCCAAGGUCACUUUCUGCAUCCACAACAUUGCCUAUCAGGGCAGAUUUGCCUUUUCAGACUUUGCACUUCUGAAUCUGCCUGAUCAAUUUAAGAGCUCUUUUGAUUUUGUUGACUGUUAUGAAAAGCCUGUGAAGGGAAGGAAAAUUAACUGGAUGAAAGCUGGAAUAUUAGAAUCAGAUAGGGUAUUGACCGUGAGCCCAUAUUAUGCCCAGGAACUUGUUUCUGGUGUUGAGAAAGGUGUGGAAUUGGAUAAUAUCCUUCGUAAGACUGGCAUAACUGGCAUUGUGAAUGGAAUGGAUAUCCAGGAGUGGAAUCCAGCAACGGAUAAGUACAUUGAUGUCAACUAUGACAUCACAACCGUUAUGGAUGCAAAGCCUAUCUUGAAGGAAACACUUCAAGCAGAAGUUGGGUUGCCUGUGGACAGGAAUAUUCCUCUGAUUGGCUUCAUUGGUAGACUAGAAGAGCAGAAAGGUUCAGAUAUUCUUGUAGCUGCCAUUCCGAAAUUCAUCAGUAUGAAUGUUCAGAUAGUGAUCCUGGGAACUGGUAAAAAACACUUUGAGAAGCAGAUUGAACAACUUGAGGUAUUGUACCCUGACAAGGCUAGAGGAGUAGCGAAGUUCAAUGUUCCCUUGGCCCACAAGAUUAUUGCUGCGUCUGAUUUCAUGUUGAUCCCAAGUAGAUUUGAACCUUGCGGUCUCAUUCAGUUACAUGCUAUGCGCUAUGGAACGGUGUGCAUCUGUCCCUUGACAGGUGGACUGGUUGACACUGUCAAAGAAGGUUAUACAGGGUUCCAUAUGGAUGCUUUCAAUGUUGAAUGUGACACUGUUGAUCCAGCCGAUGUAAUUAAGAUUGUGACGACUGUUGCGAGAGCCCUUGCAAUCUACGGUAGCCUUGCCCUAAAAGAGAUGAUCAUAAGUUGCAUGAAGCAAGACUUUUCUUGGAAGGGGCCUGCCAAGAAAUGGGAAUUGAUGCUGCUGAGCUUGGGCGUUGAUGGCAGUGAACCUGGAAUUGACGGGGAGGAGAUCGCUCCUCUUGCCAAGGAAAAUGUUGCCACCCCAUGAGGUCUAUAAUAUUGUUGGCUUGAAGCGCUGGUCCAUUUAAAUAAAGUAACAUGUCAAGUGAAGUAGCUAUGAGCUAUGUAUUAUCUCCCGAGCACUUAUGGCCCUAUCCUUGAUCAUUUACAUAUAUGUGAUCGGUGCUUGACACUUAUUCCUGAGUGUUUAUCUCUCGGGACAACUUAUCUUAGGGUCUCUCGAGGAUAUUAGGUUGGUGCUAUAGCCAUUAAUAUUUUGUAAUAAUUACUGUUUGUGUGAGUUUCGAGGACACAAAAAUUCAUUAAUUAUUCUGUCACAGUCAUUCAAAUCUUCAUUAAUGAGCAAUCAUGUCCUCU